AGUCACAGCCUCACACUCCAGACAGGCCUGUGGUCCACUCCCUCGUUCAUUGUCAAGAUCUCUGCAACCCCUGUGGCCUCUUGAGUCUGCGACCUCUGCAUUACUGGGUGGGGACGUUGGAAAGACGUCUCAGCCUGUAGCUCACCGUCUGAUGGAACUAAGAGGUCGGCAGGCAAGCCGCACAGGAGAGAGGCGGCAAGAGGGCGGGGGCAGUGCUACGGCCGUGCCCCUAGGAGCUGUCUGGGAAAAGGGCGCAGUUUUAGCAAGACAGGCGUGAGGGACCAGGGAGCACGGCCGAGUCUGAGCGACGAGCUGCAGGCGUGGGCAACUGCCUCGCAUCGGCUCGGCGUCAGAAGCCAGUAUGCUCUGCUCGAACCUGGGACAUCGGAACGAAAGACAGCAGCGCUUCGCUUCCUAGCCGGACAGCCUCCAGUGCACCGCCCGGGCCGGAACCCUCCUUGGCCCCGCUUCCUCACGCGGAGGCGUGGCUCGGGGCUGGCGCUGCAGCCCGGUGGGCGGUUGAGCCCGCGGCGCUAUGGCUCACGUCAGCUCUCGGAAGCGCUCGCGAAGUCGCAGCCGGUCCCGGGGGCGAGGGUCGGAAAAAAGAAGGAAGAAUAGUAGUAGGGACGCUUCGAGGAGCUGUUCAGCCUCUGGAUCCCAAGGUCGCAAGGCCAGCACUACCUCCGGGGUGGACGAGAGAAGCAAACACAAGGCCCGGAGGAGACCACGAUCCAGCUCCUCCUCCUCUUCUUCCAGUUCUUCUAGCUCGUCUUCCUCCUCUUCCUCCCCUUCCUCCAGCGAUGGCCGGAAGAAGCACGGAAAGCACAAAGACAAGAAGAGGAAGAAGAAAAAGAAAAAGAAGAAGCUAAAGAAGAAAGGCAAGGAGAAGACAGAAGCACAGCAGGCUGAGGCUCUGCCUGGCCCCUCAUUGGACCAGUGGCACAGAUCAGCUGGGGAGGAAGAGGAUGGGCCAGUGCUGACGGACGAGCAGAAGUCCCGCAUUCAGGCCAUGAAGCCCAUGACCAAGGAAGAGUGGGAUGCCCGUCAGAGUGUCAUCCGCAAGGUGGUGGACCCCGAGACAGGAAGAACCAGGCUCAUCAAGGGAGAUGGUGAGGUCUUAGAGGAAAUUGUAACCAAAGAACGACACAGAGAGAUCAACAAGCAAGCCACCCGAGGGGACGGCCUGGCCUUCCAGAUGCGAGCUGGGCUGCUCCCCUGAGGGCCCCAGCUCACCAAGAGUGCUGGUGGCCUGACCUCGAGGCAGGCCUCAGGGUGGCAACAGGAAGCCUGUUGGGUGCCAUUUGCCUUUUCUUGUAGCUUAGCCUCUGGCCCAGCUCAGCUUCUCGAGUGCAGGGGGUGGACAGGCUCACUGGCUUACUCAGCACCCUUACCUGAAAGAGGGAAGCUUCCCAGAUAUUAAAGGUCCUUGGUUAUAGAUGA